AUGUUUGAGGAGUUCCAUCGCCAGCUGCUAAACUUAGCUAUGCCUAUAGAAAUGUGUCAUCUGCUUCUGAAAUCGGCAAUUUCUAUAAGUCAGGAUCUUCAUAGCGGAAUUCGGGUCUGCCACGUACCUCCUGUGGAGCGUAUGAAGAUCCCUCUAGUCAGAAAGAAGCUGGAUCCUAAGGAUAUUGCCCAUCGGAUGUUUUCUGUACAGCAACGCUUCAAGCGGCUCUGUCGAGGGUUGGAGCGAGUCGUGCCGGCUCCCAGCAGGCUCCUUGAACAGCUUCAAUACUAUCAAGGAAACGUUUAUACCCAAAUUCAUCCGGAGCUUCGCCUUGUGGACUUUUUUGAUAAGAACAGUCGGCUGCGAUAUUUUGACAAUUAUGAUAGAUAUAUUGCAACUAGUAAGCCAUGUUGCUACCUGUGCAGCCAAUAUCUAUCGCAUCGCCUCAACUACCACAUCCGAAAAUGCGAUCCGAACGACAUUGACCUCCACUGGCGCUUGCCUGACAUCCAAGCCAUCGAACCCAGCACACAUCUUAUCGAACAGAGCGAGAUACUGCGCAAAAUCACGGAACGUCUUCGCAGAGAUGUGGAGAGGUUUGUAUUGGAUCGUUGCUCCGAGAGUAAUGAUUCGUCGGACGAUGAUACAUCAGAGUCAUUUAGCCUCUCAACUGAGACAACCAUGACAUGGGAGGAAGCAUCCUAUGGCGAAGCCAUUGAAUAUUCCCAUUCUUACAGAUUUUCAUCAGGCACAGAAGGUGAUAAACAUCCUGGCUCUGGGCGAUGUGAUGGAAUGGAAAAUGAAGAUGAUGAUAAGGAGAUUAUUGUUUUCAAGGGACGGAAGGCAGCAUCUUUCAUUACCUGA